CUGAGAGUUUGGGUGGUGCGUUUUUGAGUGUUACUUGCACGGAUGGGGCAUACGAGUAUCCCGCCGGCGGAGCGUGAGGCUUUGGGCAUUGAGAGGCUGGUGCGCUUGAGCUGUGGCAUUGAGGAGGUGGAGGAUUUGAGGGCUGUGUCGGAUGGGCUGGAAGAUGUGGAUAGUGGGUGUGAGAGCGGGUUGGUGAUGCCGUCAGAUAUAUGUAUUUAGAUAUUAUCGUGAUUGUUUCUGCGCCUGUUAGAUGACGUUCAUUGCACAAUGUGCAGUCUCUGAAUGCAUCAAGAAAUACAAUUCGCUGAAUAUAGAAC